GCAAAGAGAACGGAAUAUCGAUUCCUAUGCCGGCCGCUAGAGCGCACUCACGUCACAUUGAACUAAACAUGGCGGCGCGAUCAAUGAAGUAGUAGUGUGUAGUGAAGUCUAGUGUAAAAAAUUGAUAUGAUUGAUCCCUGUGUUGUUUUUGUGUGUGAUGUUUUAAAUUAAAUGGGCCAUGGGCAGAGGCCAGGAGUUGUUGGACGCUGCCCGCAAGGGCGACGUGCGGACUGUUACAAAAAUACUUACACUAAUAACGAAAAGGAGUGGUCCGUUUACAAGUUUACGAAGAGGCGCUGGCGUCAAUGUUCAGGACGAUAACGGAUACACACCACUCCAUCAUGCUUGUAUGAAUGGCCAUAGGGAGAUUGUUCACCUCCUACUCAAAGUGGACGCGUCGCCAUGUGUAGUGGACAAAAAGGGGGCAACGCCCCUCCACUUGGCAGCUUGGAAGGGGGACUCACAUGUUGUAUCUAUGCUGCUGGGCCACUGCAACCCCCCGGUUAAUAUAGACCAGAAGACCAACGACCAAGAAACUGCACUCCUUAUCGCGGCACAAUUCGGACACGUAGACGUCGUGGCACAACUCAUAGCCAAAGGGGCUGACGUCUCGCUCAAGAACAACAAAGAGGAGAGCCCGCUGGAUCUGGCGUCUCAGUAUGGGAAGUUAGAAACGGUGGUGCAGCUAAUAGACGCGCAUCCCCAACUGCUCGACCCGUACCGAUUUCCCAUCGGCAGGGGUCGGUCUUUCCCCACCACACCCCUGCACCGGGCUACUAUGAAUGGAAACAAGGAGGUGGUAGCAUACCUAAUAGACGCCGGUAUGGACCCAAACGUUCGGACCGAAAACGGUACAGCAUUACACGAAGGCAUCAGAUACCUUCAAGCGUCGGUGGUCAAGGUGCUGCUCUCCAAAGGGGCGGAUUUGAGAGCCAAGGAUAGACAAGGGAACUCUGUCCACGCUUUGCUGGCUAAGUACCCGGAGGAUGCGACGAAAAAGGUCAAGAAAUAUAUUAGAGAAUACGAGAAUCAAAUAAAGAUCUCAUACGAGAGCGAAGAGGAUCUCCCGCGCAUACCAGUGAACGACUACCCUAGCCCCGUCGGCGCUUACGUGAACGCCCACAUGAAAGCCCCAGAGACCCCGAAAAAUACUAACUUUAACCUAAGCUUGUCUCAAUCUUCAUCUUCUUUAACAAAGAAUCCUCAAAGUUUUGUCAAAAAGCUUGCUUCGAAAUGCUUGGGGCUUAAAGCAAAGUUUAAUUCGGCUCCUAACAUUUCUAACAGUUUAGCAUUGGAUUCGGAUGUUUCUGCUAAAUCGCCAAACCCUGAUCAUAAAAGCAACACAAACACAUUGUUGAUUGGAAAUAGUAAAUUUUUCAACAAAAUAUUGUCGAAAAAAGAAGAAUCUGGUGAAAUUAAUUGUAAUGACGAAUUUGACACUAUUUCCUUGGAUAGACUAGGCUCUUUAAACAGGGAUUCAUCGGUGAACAGAAGCAAUCGUAGUUGUCCUGGGUUCAAGACUUCUUUACCGAAUAUUUCUGAAAACGCUGAACUCAGUGAUUCAGAGUCUGUAGUAAUUACUGAAAUCGACUGUGAUAAUUCACGACGGCCUAAAGAAGCCAUUAAUUUACACACAAAACUUACUAUAUUCGAGCCUAGACAGCAUCUCAGUUCAAAUAAUGAAUCUGAAACAAUUAAUGAUUCCGCUGAUCUGAUAAAUGAAUGUUACGAACCAUGUAAAUUCUCGGAGAGCGAAGCAGAAAAAGAAAACGAAAGCAAUAAUAAUUUACCUAAACCAUUUCCUCGAGCUAAUGUGGCAGUACUUUCUAGUGAAGACGACCUCAUUUAUGAAAAUGUUACUAUGAUUAAUCAGCGUGGUCCACCUACACCAGCCGUGAGAAAUAACGUCCCAUCGAAAAUACUAUUAGAUGAAGUACAACGUAAAGCGUUGUAUGAAAAUAUAUCAGUUUUAAAAGAAAAAGUACAAGACGAAUCCCCAUCAAAUAUUAACGCUAUUCAGCAAGAAAAAGCAAUAGAAGGCAAAGUGGAGAAGUUACCUAUGAGUAGAUCUUCUACCCUGUCGUCUUCAUCUGAUUCUAUGGAAGACGAGUCUAAUCUCGAAGAUAUUCUGCUUUCCCAAAAAUCUAAAUCGUUUCGACGCAUUGAAAAAAUUGCAUCGUAUACAGGUAAAAGUGAAAUCAGUAGGACCCAAUCUAAUGCAUCUGAUUUCUCUGAAUUUACUGAAGCUAGUGCCAUUGAAAAUGUAGAUUGUAGCGAAGAAAUAUAUACAACAAUGAGUGGGACAUUACCACAUAAAUCGAAAAUAGACUCAGAAAAAAAGAAGAAAGUACUGUUUAGACAUAAAACAUUCACAAAUAUUGAAGUAGAUAGAAACUCUGUAAAUUUAAACUCACCAAUGCCUUUCAAUCAUAAUGACUUUAAUUUUAUGAAAGAAACUUUAGCUAAUUAUCAUAUAAGAGGCACUGGUCAUUGCAUUCAUAAAGCGCCAACUGUUGAAGAAUUUAUUUAUAUAUUCAAUAGAGAGACUCUUUACUCAGACACUCCUCCAUUCACUUUAGUGCCCAAUGAUAAAAGGGAAAGCUAUUUUGAAACGGCUAUCUGCUUUUGUAGGCCAAAAGUUCCAAAAUAUCACAAAAGUGCGGAAGAUUUAUUACAUCUACCGGUUGAUAAACCAGAAGAAAAUAAAGUGACUAUCGAUAUUGACGCUUUGCGAGCUAGAAAUGAAAUAGUUUCUACGUCAUUUCGUUGUUUUUGUGAUUCCGGAGAAUGCACUUUUCACACUAAAAGACGUGAGUCGAUUAACGAUCUAAUUGUAAAAUUUUCUGCAGUAAAGAAAAGUAUAUCGACACCCGAUAUCACGCUAGAUACUUCUUUUUCGACAGUAAAUAGAAGCAGUUCUAUGAGAAAUCCAUCAGCUAAGUCCAACACAGAAAAUCAUUACGCAGUAACAAAUAUAGAACACAUCGUGUUAAGAAAUAAACAAAUAGAAACAUCCAACCCUGAAAGUCCGAUCUAUACGGUUAUGUCACAACCUUCUACAAUUUCGUCUUCUGUUGGACAAUAUUCUAUUAAAGACAUAGCUGAUGUAAUUUCAAUUAACAGUCAUUCUGAAUCUUCCGACGCUUCCCCUGUAUGUGCUUUAAAUUCUGCUCAUUUACCGCUGCGCAAAUCGACAUCAUCGGAAUACUCAGACCGUUGGACAUUAGCGUCAUCAAAUUCUAACACAACUGUCCAAUCUGAUACAUCGUUUAAAACUUGCUUUGAAGAUCCUGAAGAGGAUUCUGACGAUGGUACAUUGCACUCAGACGAAGACUCAUCAGACGCCGAAACCGUUAAAUCUGAUGUUAGUACAGCUAAAAGACCGUGGGUACACAGUGACUCUUUUAACUUUGGUCAGAGCGGUCCUAAGAUCCAAAACUACGCUAUUUUGGAAGAGGAUUCAAACUCCGACGACUCAGUGAAGUUUGAAUCGUCUAAGAUCGAAAGCGGUAUUAGCGUGGAAGGGUCUGAGAGUAGUUCGUCGGGGUGCGAUGAGGACAGUGGUAUUCCGGGGGUGGACGAUGCGCCUGGUGUGGCUUCGCUUGAGCGGGACGCGGGAUCCGUGGGUGUUCGCAGCGGGUCGGGGCGGCGGCGCUGGGACGAGGCGGAGGGCACGAGCGAAGGCGACGCCUUGAGCAUAUCCAGCGCGGCGUCUAGCUGCGCGCCGCACCAUCUGGCGCAUCAUCACGACUACAGCAAAGUUUCGCCGACGCCUCCUAAGAAACCUCCCCGGAGAAAUCUCUCUGUAUCCCCCACUCACGCCAACUCCCCCUCCUCCGGGUACAGCUACGAGCUGCGGACCCACGCGAGGAGUCAGGACGACUUGGAUGAGAUACAGAGUGCUAAACAUUACCUCAAACACGGUCGAUCCGUCGACCAAUACGUUGACGGUAAACUUUCCUACUCCGAGUUCGAGGAGAACCACAACUCUCCCCGCGUGGCCCCCGUACCCAACCCUCGCCCCAGCCUCAAGAACCGCUCACAGCCCGUCGCCAUCACUGCUAUGUACGAAAACGUCGUCAUCAAAGAACAGAACCCUAGAAGAAAACUUAGAAGAAACAAUUUCGGACCACAGAACGACAACGAAAAAAUGGAGGACAGAGUCAGAAAGUACUCCAACCAGGACAGAUCUUCGUUAGAAAGUCUUUUAGACGACCAAUCGAUUAACAGUCCGAGCGACUGUGAGCGGUAUUACGACGGACCGAGGGUGGAUAUUCCGCUGUCGCCCACGCAUUACGAGCAGCCCCCUACGCCGGACCACCCGCCGCCCUCGGCCAGGCAGGCGGAGAACAGCAUACAUGAAAGGAUCAGGCCCUUAAGCCAGGAAUACAAGCGGCGGUCCAUGCUCCGCGAACUGUUGCGCGACUGCCAGACGGACACGGAGCUGCUGCGCGCCAUGUCCGUGGCGUCUGUGGCUAGCGGCGCCACCGACCGCAGCAACACCGACUGCGUCGAGGAGUACGUGUGCGACGUGCCUUUUGCAGGCCUCUUCAAAGGCUCCACAACCACACUAGACGGCAUAGGUCUCCGGCCGAUGCCGGCCGAGCGGCCUAAAACCCUUCGCAAGCUCAAGUCGGUCUACGACGCCUCCCCCACAGACCCGCCUGCCGUGAACCUGGGCAAUGGAAGCAGUGUCAAUGGAUGUGAAGAUGAGGUCCGGAGACGGAGUAACACGAACAGCUCGACGCAUAGUGGGGAUAAAUCGCUGUCGAUACUUAGCCCGUUUGAUGAGCAGGAGGAAUGGGCGAAGAUCUCCGAGAUAAUGGCCUCAUUCGGCAGCAAGCUCGUCCGCGAGUCCGUGUUUGUGUCCGAACUCGAGCAGGAGUUCACCUCCCGCCUCGGCCUGAGCUGCUCUGAGUCUAGCUUGAGUCCUUCUGUGGCCUCGAACUUAGGCCUCUGGCUUUCCGGCCUCGGGUUACAUGACUACGAACCGCUGUUCUUAGAAAGCGGUUUCGAUGAUGUUGAUUUUGUGAAUGGGAUACUAGACGAGAACGACCUCCGAGAAAUGGGAAUAGAAGAAAGCGAUAGACAAAGAAUAUUAGAGUCAGCGAAACAAUUACCUCUUAAAAUAACUGAAAUAAGCAAUAAUUAUAAUAACAAUAAUAUAAGUAAAAACCAAAACGAAUCCGUAGAAGAAUGGUUAAGGAAUAUAAAUCUAGAGAUAUAUAGUGAUACUUUUAGGAAGCAUUUGUACGUGGACAUGGAUCGGGUGAGAAGGAUUUGGGAGGUGGAGUUGACUGCGGUGUUGGAGAUACAGAAGGCGGGGCAUCGGAAGAGGAUCUUGGCAUCCGUGUCGGGGGAGCAGAAUGGGCCCGCGAAUCAUAUGGAGGACCUUAAUGCUGAUCUCAAUUCAUUGAAAAACAACAUAAAACAGCUAAAAGAAGACAUCAAAGAAAAGUUACCUAUCUCCGAAAACCUGAAAGCGGUACCCCCUCCCGUAGUACCUUCGCUCGCGCCGCCGGGCGGUGAGACGUUGAAACGCAGCAAGAAGAACAGACCAGCUCCUCAGCCGCCUAGACCUUCAGACUUGGAGAUCAGGGCACCGUCGGAGCUGAUGGUGGGCGUGCCGGGGGCGCUGAAGACGCAGUGGAAGCAUCAGCCGUUCGUGCUGGUGACGGGCGCUGUCACUUAUGUGGCUAACUACCUAGGGUCAACGGUGGUGAAGGAGCUCCGAGGGACAGAGUCCACGAAGAAGUCCAUACAGAAGCUGAAGAAGUCUACCAAAGAGCCCCGGGAUUCUCCGGACAUCAUCCUCUCGAUCAGCUACAGGGGAGUCAAGUUUCUGAAUACUAUCACGAGGGAUCUGAUCUGCGAGCACGAGAUCCGCAACAUCCACUGCGCGUGUCAAGACGCCGAUGAUCUCACACACUUCGCCUACAUCACCAAGGACCACACCACUAAGAGCCACUAUUGCCAUGUGUUCAGAGUUGCCACUAUGGACCAAGCGACAGAAGUCAUCUUGACCCUGGGCGAAGCGUUCGAGGUAGCCUACCAGAUGGCCCUCCGCGAGCAGUCCAACCGCGUCCGCGUCACGCAGUCGCAGGCCAAGACGCCCACCCACGACCCCAUGACCACCACCAACAAGGAGAAGCCCAUCGUCAACCACGGCAGAUCACAUUCCAUUACCGAGAUUAAAUUAAACGGACAUCAGCUCAAGAUAGCCCCCAUGCCCGCCUCCUUAUCUAACGAGGAUUUCCAGUCUUCAAGAAAUUCCGAUGGCUCUAGGAGCCCCAGAACACCACUCCUUAAAGCGCCUAUAGCUUCCACUGAAGAGUUGUGAACAUUUUAAGGUUCUGUAAGUUUAGAAUGGAAAUUUAAAAGAAAUGGCAUUUAUGGGCCGUUAGAAAUGGCUUCCAAUUGAGUGUUUAAAGGCUUAAAUUUUGUAACGAGGUUAGUGUUUAAAGUAUUCAAAUUACUCGAAUUGUUAUCGGUCAUAAAUAUAGUGACACUGCGUGACAUUUUGCAGCAAUGAUAUAAUUUUUCCGGUCUUGACUCGUAAGACUGGUCGAUAAAAUUAUAAGAUUAUUGACUUUUUAUAUUUCAAUUUCGACACUGCUUUUAUGAACCAUAAAUCUUAGAUUAUAUAACGAAUAGUUAAAUAAACAAUUUUACUAUUGAAUAGUAAAAAUAGGGCUGUUGUAUUUAUAUUAGUUGUAAAUGUAUAUUAUUUGUUUAAUUUGCAAUUUGUGUGUGGAUGUUACGACUAUUAUCAAAUUAGAAUUGAGCUAUGCUUAUGAUUAUUAUUAUAGCGACAUAAUUUUAAAGUUCAGAAUAUGCGCGCAUAAGAGUAUUAUAAUAACGCGGUUUUUUAAUAAUUUGAAUUUUUGGGUGAGGCCUAAAAUGUACCUAUGGGCGUUCUAUUGAUCUUCUGUGCGUUACCAAGAUUUCGAUGUCGUGAGUAACAAUGUAAAUAUAUUAUAGUUUAAGAUUGCAUAUAGACUUAUAUCGAAUUGUUGAUAUUACACAUCUUAUGACGAGAUCGGUGAAUACGCCUAACACAUAGUACAUUACACAUAUCAAACUUAUGUUAUAUAAUUACGAUUAUUCAAUUUUGACCACAUUCAUAAGAAACUGCGUGACAUCUGAUUUUGGUAUUUAUUGUGUUUAAUGACAUCAUUUUAUCUAUUUGUAUAAUAUUUUAAUUAAGACUUUUGCAUUUCAAAAAUGUGUACGUUUGCUUCAUAUAUAUAAUAAACGAAACAGUUUUUAUUAAUGUGGUCAAACCGUAUUGAAAAAGUUUUAAUAUGAGCUUCCGAAGUUAAUUUUGCUCGUAUAUUAUAUAUAAUGUAAUUCGUCGUUUUCGUACAAUAAUCAUGUCUAAAAAACGACAAAAAAGAAAUUUUUGGAAAAAAAUGUUUAAUGUUUUUCUCAUAGGUGCAACCGUUUGCUCAAAGCCUCUGGCGUUUCAAUUGAAUGUAAUAUCAUUUUAGAAUUGAAUUGUUGUGUGACUUGGUAUCACGUUGUGACAUUUUGACAUGUUAUUUAUUUCGAGUCACUUCUGAGAUUUCAUGUGAUGUGAUAUAAAGAGUAAAAGUAUUCAAAUGGA